UUCACUUCGUCCCUUUCCUUAUUCUUCUCUCUAUAUUUUCUCCAUUUCCAUCUUUUCUUUUCUUUUUUCUUAACACUCUUCUUUUCACCAAUCACUGUCUCAUUUCCAUAUCCGUUUCGCAUUGUUUAGUGUUACCAUUUUCCUCUUCGUUUUUCAAUGAGUCGUUACGAUACUAACCCUUUCGCCGAGGAAGAGGUUAAUCCUUUCGCGGAUCCAUCAGUUAGGAAAGGAUCUGGUGGAGGUUCCUUUAAUUCUUCAAAUCCUGGUAGUAUAUCAAGGCUUUCACCCCUUCCUCCUGAACCAUAUGACCGUGGUGCAACAAUAGAUGUUCCUCUUGAUUCUGCCAAGGAUAUCAAAGAAAAGGAGAAGGAACUUAAAGCAAAGGAGGCUGAACUUAAAAGGCGAGAGCAGGAAUUGAAACGGAGGGAGGAGGCAUUAGCAAGAUCUGGAGUGGUGAUAGAGGAGAAAAAUUGGCCGCCUUUUUUUCCUAUUAUCCAUAAUGACAUUUCAAAUGACAUACCAAUCCACCUACAAACAAUCAUGUAUGUUGGUUUCACAUCAUUGAUAGCAGGUUUGGUCAUCUGCCUCACUUGGAAUGUAAUGGCUGUCACUGUAGCCUGGAUCAAGGGAGAAGGUCCAACAAUUUGGUUUCUAGCCAUCAUAUAUUUCUUAACUGGCGUCCCUGGAGGCUAUUACUUGUGGUAUCGUCCUCUUUACGGUGCUUGCAGGACUGAUAGUGCGUUGAAAUUUGGAUCAUUUUUCUUGGUUUACGUGUUCCAUAUAUUAUUUUGCGUCCUUGCUGCAAUUGCUCCUCCAUUUAUUUUCAAGGGAAAAUCCCUUGCAGGUGUUUUACCUGCUUUGGAUCUCUUUAGCUAUAAUUAUGUGCUUGGGAUAUUAUACUUCGUCGGUUUUGCAUUUUUUUGCUGUGAAUCACUUGUCAGCAUCUGGGUUAUUCAGCAAGUAUAUAUGUAUUUCCGAGGUAGUGGUAAAGCAGCUGAGAUGAAGCGGGAGGCUACGAGAAGAACCAUGUCAGCACUAUGAGACGGGAGGUGGUAAUCGAAAAUGGGGGGUAUUUGCGAUACAAAUUGUAGGUGGACUAGGGAUUUUGGCUACAAGUUUUUUUGUUCUUCUCCCUUACUCCGUAGGUGGCUUUUCUUUGCCUAUUCAUUUAAUGUUUUUUGCUGACGGGGGGCACUUUGCUUUAUCAGGGGUUAGCAAACCUUCACCAAGAUUUUCCAAAUGGCGUCCAAAUCAUUUUGAUUGAGAUAUAAAAUUUAUUGUAUUUGUAUAUCACUGGAUACGAGUUAGAGCCAAGUAUUAAAUUAUCCCAAUACUUAUGUACUUCCAGAACUAUUAAAAGCUGCCCUUUUUAAUUAUAAAAAUUUUAGUUACAAUGUAUUAUCGUUUUGAUCGAUUAGGUCGUUUGUGAGUUAGGUAGAGUUACAAUAAUUUAGUCCCCAUUUUAUAAACUACAGUGAUAUAAGAAAAAUGGGGUUAGAAUGCUUUGUUUCAUGUAUGUAAGACAUAAUAAUAUUAUAACAUGUUUGUUCU